AUGAACUACUCUGUGGAGGAACAAAACAUUUACUCACCUGGAUCCCACCAGGAAAAUGUUUUUUUUGCCAGCUUCUACAGCAUCGUCUUCAUUUUCUCUGUGCCAUGCAAUGCCCUAGCUCUGCGAGUGUUUUGUCAUGGAAAAAGCAAUAGCCCUUCCAAAGUCUUCCUGUUGAACCUGGCCUUGGCUGACAUGUCCUACGUGCUGGUGCUGCCCAUGCGUGUUAUUUACCAUGCUUCAGACAGCCACUGGCCUCUUGGGGAGACAUUGUGUCGUCUGAUGGGAUUCCUCUUCUUCCUGAAUCUUUAUUGCAGCAUGUACUUCAUGACUUUCAUUGGUGUAGACCGACUGAUAGCCAUCAUGAUGCCCCUAAAGUGUCAAAGCCUUAGAAAAAGCACAACUGCCAAGGUGGUUUGUGGUAUUCUUUGGCUGAUAGUGACUUGUUCAAUGGUACCUUUGCUCUUAAGAUCACAGACAGUGACCCUUCAGUUUUCAGGGAGGAAUGUGACUGUGUGCAGUCAGCUCUAUUUGGAGAAAACAUCACCCAAAGCUCUUGUGUCGACAGCAGUUGCAAUCGCUAUUCCUGUGGUCACUCUGACAGUGUCCUACAUCCUCAUUUUUUACAAGCUCAAAGCAAUGACAUUUCAAGAGAGAACUCCACUUCAGCAUAAAGCUGUGAGAAUGAUCUUUCUGACUAUGGUUACUUUUCUUAUUGCCUUUGUGCCCUAUCAUGUACACCGCUUCCUUUACAUUGAGCGCCACAGGCAUGACCACAUCUUAGAUUCUGAAAUUAAAUCACUGGCUUUUGGCAAUCGAUUAACUUCCGCUCUUACAUGUGUGAGUGGUGUUAUGGAUCCAGUAAUGUACUUCUUUCUGGCUAGUAAUUACCAAAAGAUUCUGCUUCAGCUGUGUGGAAAAUCAACAGACAAAUACAGGCCGCAGUCCACUACUGCACUGUAA